CGAAUCACUGAAAUUUAAAAGACCCACGUCCACCAAUCCAUCUCGUUGACUCAGACACUGUCGAUGGCCAAUGUAGAGGUCAUUGAUAUGAACGUAAAAGAGAAACUUGCGAUCGGCAUCGACCGCAUUCAGCACCUGGACCCGCACCAAAUAGUCACCCUCGGGGUCCACUCGCGCAAACGCCUGUCCCGACGCAGGCUCGAUAUCUUCGGGGCAUUGGAGGCGACCGUGCUGUUCCACCAACUCCACCGAAAACUUGCCUCGAUGAUUCACCAUGGUUGGUUGGUUUGCCGAGCACCACUCGCUUUCCCCAAUAUUAUUGGUGUUCCCUUGAAAGCCGUCCCUUCGGUGUGUUGUUGUCCGUUGCUGUUUCCUCUCAUUUGAAUUCUGCCGGACGGACGGAAAGACACUUUGUCAGCCAGCGAAGCUGAAUUGCGCUGAAGUCUCCAAGGCCUCCAAGCUUGAGCCGUUGUGGUCUCUCCAGACGACGUUCUUCACUCUUUCGACUGUUGGACAUCCCCGACAAAAGGCACUAUCGCCUCUUCCGCUUCGUUCUAGCUAGAUACCACAUACUGUAACACAAGACAAACAUGGUUGUAGAUGGUCAAAUUUCCGUUCGACUGGUCAAUGCCGAGACCAAGGAGCCCUUCAAGGAGCACAUGGGCGACAGCGGAAACGUCUUUGUUGAAGCCGAACCUGACGCAGAAUACUUUAUCGAGAUUCUCUACGACGAUGAGCAGAAAAGCGACGAGGACGAAAACCAAGAUGACGAUGAUGCGCUAGAGGACGAAGACAUCGCAGACAAACAUUCUCCCGCCGUUUUCAUGGAAUUUUCAGUGGAUGGGAAGAAGCUUCAGGCCCCCUUGACCCUCAGCCCGAGUUCGGAAACGUACUAUGCUGGGAUUUGGUCGUGCAACAACGGAACGAGCAAGGAACGAGCGCUUCGUUUUCAGAUUCCAGCCAGUGGUGGAGUCCUUCCUGACGGAGAGGAACUGGUAAUGGGGUCCGUCGUCGUCGAUGUCUUUGAAGCCAUCCCGAAUGGAACCCGAGCGCUGCUCGACUGUGAGGGAGACUUUGUCAGCUCGUCGCCGGUCAAGGGAAACAUCGCAAAGCUCUUGCGCUCUGGGCAAGGAUCCACGUGCGAAACCGAAACUAUGGCGCUUGUCUCCCAAGUCUUUAAGCGUGGUCGCUUACUCCGUACAAUUUCCGUAAAGUGCUGUACGGCACUGGGAUUGAUUCAUGUUGGUGUCUUGCCCAAACCCCCUGUUUGGGAAUACCUUCGCAUGAGAAAGCCAGCUACACAAGAGACCACCAGUAGCAAUUUCAACUACGUCGAGCCCACGCGAGUCAAGAGAGGCGGUACGGUGGUGGACGGGGUGGAGAUUGAGCCUCCGCAGGAAUGCGAAUUCUUUGACCUCGCUGUACUCUCCGACGAUGACGAGGAGAGUGGAAAGGAGGCCACUGAAGGCGCACAGGAGGAGACCACGGAAGAAGAAUCGGAUGGCAAGGCAGUUGUCAGCGAUGACGAAGCAAGCAUCGGCCACGACGUGGGAAAAGCCAGGUUCGAUGCGCGCCGUGGUUCGCAGUCUGAAGUUCGCAGUCGCGCUGCAACUGUUACAGCCGGUGGCGAAAGUGCCUAGAUAGGCAAGUCUCCGAAGCAGCAACAAAGUAGAGCAAAAUGGCAAAGAAUGAUUCGGAUGGUCAACGUUUGAAGCUAGUCUUUUGUACCGGUACUGUCCCGCCAAUUGAACCGCUAGGCAUCCCUGAGACUUGAGAGCGAUCCAUUGAAUGACAAUCCGUUGCUUCAAGCAAUCAAAAAUAUUGUAUCUAGCAUAAGUAAAAUAAAUAAGCCUGGAACGAAAGCGC